CCUCAACGCUCCUCUUCUCCGUCUGAAAAUUGCUCCCUCUCCAGGAUCCUCUUUCUUUCUCUUUCUCUUCUCUAUACAGAAAACUCCUCACUCUCUCUUUCUCAUACGGAAUCAAAUUUAUAUUUGAGUAGUUUUAUCAAAGGCUUGGUUGAAGUGUGCUUUAAGCCCUGAAGUUAAGGACAAGCAUUGUUUAGGCGACGCCUUAGGACACCUAAGCAUCAAGGUGUGUGUUUCUGUGCGAUGAUCAAGUCUUGGUGAAAUGUUGCUACUUGGUCCGACGCUAUUGAGAAAAGGUUCACUGAUUAAAAAGAAACCCACAAGAAAGAACAAUGCCGACAAAUCCAAGAGUUGCAAAAGCAUUUCGUGCUAUGAAGGAUAUUGGAAUCUCUGAAGAAAAGGUGAAGCCAGUAUUGAAGAGCCUUCUAAAAUUGUAUGACAAGAACUGGGCGCUUAUUGAAGAAGAGAAUUACAGAGCACUUGCAGAUGCAAUAUUUGAGAAAGAGGAGGCAGAGGCAGCAGGAAGUAAGAAGCCUGAGAAUAUUGAACAAGAGGAGGUUUUGGAGGAAGAAGCAGUGGAUGAGGAGCCUGAAAGACCCUUAAAGAGAUUGCGAUUAAGACAUCAAGAAGGUCAAGCUUCAUCUUCUGCUAACAAUUCUAGCUCUGUUUCAGCUGGGACUUCAUUCAAAAUGCCGAAAGUGGAGGAGGAAGCUGAGCUACCUGGAACUAAUUCCCAGGGUCGCUCACAAGGCCCUCAGCUGAAUAAUAGAACAUCAGCAGCUGAGUCCCUAUCUGUCCCAUGUCUGACAUAUGCCAGAAACAAAGGGAAGCAACCAGUCUCACCUAAAGCUUCGAUGUUGCCAGAAAAGUCUGGUCCCAGUCAGACUGCUGGUCCUGAGAGAUAUCAGCCUUAUAGUGAUGACAGAGUGGAAAAUGAUACUAAUUCUCGGCAGAAUCAUCGCAAAGGGAAAGAACCUCAAGCAGCUCAAAUCAUGUCCAGGGAGAAAAGUUUAGUCCUUGGGAAAGCUUCUCAUGCAUCAAACCUCAAAGAGCCACAGAGUGAGCCUGGCAUCAAGCUGUCUCCGAAACAGAAGAUGUUGGGUACUCAUGCUUUCGUCAAGCCUAAGGAUGAACCAUAUGAUCUUGAUAGCCCACAGUUCGAGGUUCCUAUUGCUGUUAUUCACCCUGAGCCAUCAAACAACAAAGGUUCUUCAAGUGGUAAUGCCUCAAGAAGAGAGCCAGAAACUUCUGAAAUCUUAGCAGCAGAACUGAGAGGCGGAAGAGAAGCAGAUGAGGACAUUCCAACUUCAUCAAAUGGACUGGGAACAAGUCAUGAGCUAGUAAAAGCGCAGAACGGGUGUUAUUCUAACAUAGAUAUUGCCUCCUCAACUUUUGGAGAGGUAAAAGUCUCUAUAGGUUGUGACUCAGCUCUUGGUAGAUCAGACUUCCAUUUGCCUAGUCUAGAGGCUGUUCUGAAAUUGGUGGAGGCUAAAUGUCUUAAAUCAUACAAAGUCCUGGACCCUAACUUUUCUGUGACAAAGCUGAUGAAAGACAUGUGUGAGUGCUUUUUGGAACUGGGAAGCCAGUACAAUCGUGAAUUGCAAGAAACUAGAAAUGUGGAUGCAGAAAAUGAUAUUGGUUAUAGAAGAAUUGCUCUAGUUUCUUCAAAUGGAUCUAUAAAUUCAGAACUUGAUUCUGGUGAGGCUCAACCAGAGAAACCACAACUCCCUCCUCCUUGUAAUGGUCACACUAAUAGCACCAAAGCUGAUCAAACAGCAUCUGAGGAGAAUUGUGGUAGUGCUCCAUGGAUUAAUCAAAAUAUUCUUGAACAUGCUACGUCUCAGAGUCCGGGACCUCUAAGUAUAGAACUUGCUGGUAUGGAGGCUCAACCAGAGAAACCACAGCUCCCUCCUCCUUGUAAUGGUCACAACAACAGCACCUCAACUGAUCAAGUAGCAUCUGCGGGGAAAUGUGGUAGUGCUCCAGAGAUUGAUCAGAAUGUUCUUGAACAUGUUACGUCUCAAAGUCCGGUGGCUGUGUGUGAAUCAACUCCAGAUGAAGCAGUUUCUUGUUUUGUUGAAGAUAUAACCAAGGGGCAAGAGAAGGUUAUGAUUUCAUUGGUGAAUCAAGUUAAUAGCAAAAGCCCGCCAUCCUUUCACUACAUAGCUCAAAAUGUGGUUUUCCAGAAUGCAUAUCUGAAUUUCUCUCUGGCUCGUAUUGGUGAUAACAACAGUUGUUCAACUUGCUGUGAUGAUUGUUUGUCACUGUCCACACCUUGUGCAUGCGCAUAUGAAAGUGGUGGUGAUUUUGCUUACACAACAGAAGGCCUUGUCAAAGAGGAUCUUCUUAAAGAGAGUAUUUCUAUGAAUCGUGACCCCAAGAAACACUGCCAAUUCUUUUGCAAAGAAUGCCCAUUGGAAAGAUCGAAAAACGAGGAUAUUAUAGAACCUUGUAAAGGUCAUCUAGUGAGGAACUUCAUCAAAGAGUGUUGGUGGAAAUGUGGCUGUAAUAAACAGUGUGGGAAUCGUGUGGUACAGCGAGGUAUUAGCCGCAAGUUACAGGUGUUUAUGACUCCUGAAGGGAAAGGGUGGGGCUUACGUACCCUUGAGGACCUUCCAAGAGGUGCUUUUAUUUGUGAGUAUGUGGGAGAAGUUCUUACGAACGCAGAACUAUUUUCUCGCGUUUCACAAAGCCCCAAUAGUGAGGAACAUUCUUAUCCCGUGCUGCUUGAUGCUGACUGGGGUUCAGAGGGCGUCUUAAAGGAUGAAGAAGCCCUUUGUUUGGAUGCGACAUUUUUCGGGAAUGUAGCCAGGUUUAUCAAUCACAGAUGUUUUGAUUCAAAUAUGGUUGAAAUACCAGUUGAAAUAGAGACUCCAGAUCACCACUACUAUCAUCUUGCCUUUUUCACUACAAGAAAGGUUAAGGCAUUGGAAGAACUCACUUGGGAUUACGGUAUUGAUUUUGAUGACCAUGAACAUCCAGUAAAAGCAUUUAGAUGCCAGUGUGGUAGCAAGUUCUGCCGAAAUAUGAAACGUCCAAGAAGAUCCAGAGCAAGGAGAGGAUGGUGAUUUCUUCCAAAUAACAUAUGGCCGAUUUCUGACUUUGGUUGAUCCUGAAAGCUGUGACUGGAACUACCAAGACUCCGUGAUUAUUUAGAAUCUUUGAAGGGUUCUGGUGUACUUGUGCAUUUGUGUAGACUGCAGAAGGGCUAACAUAUUUGUAUUUGCAGAAUAGUAUUUGUGAUAGAAUUUUCAAGGAUGUCGCGAAUAAGCUAGAUCUGCUGCCUUUCUUGUUGUAUAUUAGGAUUCUUCGGUACAUUUGAUUAGAUGCUGGAGGGCCUAUGGUGCCCACACAUGGAUACCAUAGCAUAAUGUGGUCUAGGCCAUGCGUUUAGCUUGAAGGCGCUGAAACUUACCUUUUGAACUCUCAUUCCUAUGCUCAUAAUUGCUGCUUGGCCAGUUCUUUCAGUUCUCA